GCAUCCGGUCCGUCGAUGGCGUGCUGCUGCUUCCGCGCCGCCGCGGUACCCCGCCUCCUCUUCCGCGCCGCCGCGCGGCGCCUCCAGCUGCCGCUCGCCGUCUCCCGAAAGGGUUUCUCGGGGCAGUCAGUCUUGCCAGUCACUGAUUCAGUCGAGAGUUUUCAAGGACCGUCAGUGGAUCAUGCCCCACGGAUUCCGUUGUACGACGACAGCUUGCCCUCAGGUGUGUCGACCAUAUUAACGGGUCCUGGCGUGAAUGUCGCUCCUGCUGAUCCUUCAAAGAGUAGAAUCAUGCUUGUUGAUGGAACCUCAGUGAUGUACAGAUCCUACUACAAGAUAUUAGCACAGCUGCAGCAUGGUCAGUUGGAACAUGCUGAUGGCAAUGGGGAUUGGGUUUUAACUAUAUUCAAAGCUCUGUCACUGCUUCUUGACAUGCUGGAGUUCCUUCCAUCUCAUGUUGCGAUGGUGUUUGACCAUGAUGGAGUCCCAUACGGUCAUUAUACUGCCAUGCCAUCCAAAGAAUGUCACAUGGCAAAAGGAAUGACUUUUCGACAUAUGUUGUAUCCUGCUUAUAAGAGCAAUCGCACCUCAACACCAGACACCAUUGUUCAGGGCAUGCAAUACUUGAAGGCAUCUAUCAAAGCAAUGUCAAUUAAAGUAAUCGAGGUUCCAGGUGUCGAAGCUGAUGAUGCUAUUGGUACACUAGCUGUCAACAGUGUGUCUGCAGGUUACAAGGUGCGUGUUGUCUCUCCUGAUAAAGAUUUCUUCCAAAUUUUAUCACCUUCUCUACGUUUGCUGAGGAUUUCUCCACGUGGUUCUGGGAUGGUUUCAUUUGGAGUCGAAGAUUUCGUGAAGAGAUAUGGAGCAUUAAAGCCAUCACAGUUUGUUGAUGUUGUUGCACUUUCAGGCGACAAAGCUGAUAAUAUACCAGGAGUUGAAGGAAUUGGAGAUGUUAAUGCAGCAAAACUGAUAACUAAGUUUGGUUCGUUGGAGAACUUAUUGAGAUCAGUGGAUGAAGUCGAGGACCAGCGAAUCAAACAGGCUUUGAUCUCUCAAUCGGAACAGGCAUUACUCUGCAAAAGCCUGGCCAUACUACGUUGUGACCUUCCAUCCUACAUGGUUCCUUUUAAGACCCCCGACCUCGUCUUCCAGAAGCCAAAGGAUGAUGGCGCCAAAUUCAUAAAUCUGCUGCGAGCUUUGGAAGCGUAUGCAGAAGGAUCGUCGGCAGACCAAAUCAUCAGAAGAGCUUUGUAUCUUUGGAACAAACUUGAAUCAUGACGAUGCCAGAGUUUUUCAGUAGUGACCCUCAAGAAUGUUCGGAUAAUUAGGCGAGAAGAUAGGAGACCAGUACAAUGCGAUCGGCUAGCUUCUGCCUAUGGAGCACUCACCAUACCCGAAGAGAGAAUUCAUCUCGUUGCUGGUUGUGCUGAAGCGCGCAAGAAAGAUUCGACGUUGCCUGCUUAGACAAACUGUGCAUACCAUGAAACUAAUCAUAGGUAGUUUGAGCUUUGUAGAUAAAACACAUCGGUAACGUAUUUUUUUGUACUUCUAACUAAGGCCCUGUUUGGAUUAGCGCUUCCAUUUCAGAUACCCCCAUAUAAGACUUACAGACCUCCCACGGUCAUUUUUGUAUCCAGUCGAAAACAGCUCUUGGCCGGUAAAUUACACUUGUAUUCAAUUC